AUGUCCAACUCAGCUGCAUACGGGCCUGAUGGCCGCGUUGUCUACGUUGGCAACCUCCCGAACUCUAUAAACGAGCAGCAGUUGUGGGCGCUGUUCAGUCAGUGUGGCUUCGUCACCACCGCGCGCAUCACGGGCGACCCCACGUACUCCACGAGGUUUGCUUUCGUCGAGUUCAACAGCACUGAGGAGGCCAAGUACGCGUGCCUCCUGGACGGCAUGGAGUUUGGCGGCCUGAACCUCAAGGUGUCCAUGGCGAUGGGAGCGGACAACCCAGGGCGCCAAGCUGGGCGCCCCGUCAAGUUGCCCGACGACCCCGGGCGCGUUGCACGAACGAUCCACAUUUCAGGAGUCGCUUUCGACGAGAUUCCCGAAGUGGCACUCGCGGACUACUUUGGAUAUGUCGGAAAGGUGAUCGCCGUGCGACGCUCCGGCCGGUUCGCGUGGGUGGAGUUCGAGACCGCUGAGGAGGCACAGAAGGCGCUUGCCUGCGACGGCGAGCUGUUCGGCAACGCCACCAUGCGCAUAUCGACCUCCAAGACCCCCAUCCACACCGCGGGCUGGGUGAACCCGACUGCGGCUUCGAAGUUCGGAGAUGGCGGGCGCCGGGACCAGAACCACGUGGCCCAGCACGUGGCGCACCCAGCGGCGAUGCCCGGGUACCCCCCGCAUGGACCGGGGAUGCCGUACGGCAUGCCGCCCCCGGGAGCGUACCCCGGCAACCCGACGAUGCCCCCCGCCGGUGGCUUCCCUGGGGCUCCAAGUGGCUACUACCCGCCCGCUCCCGGGCCGGGCGUCAUGCCCCGCGGGUCCACGGGCGGACCCGGCGGCCACUACCCCGCGCCUCCAGGCCCCGGAGGCCCCCCGCGCUAUUAG